AUGGAUGGUGGUGACAUGUUGAACGGCAAAGUGGGAAGCAUACUAAUCGCCGUUGGCUCAGCCAGUUUCGUGAUCACAGUUUUCCAUCUCAUUAUCCUUUGUCGCACUCAUCAUCGUGUUCGUGUCAUCAACCACAAUCCACAACAACAACCACGCAGAGUUAACAUUUCGGUCUCACCACACCUCAUUCCGAUCCACACGUACCGAAAGAACAAAAGCCAUGAUGAGAUGCCGGCGGAGGGCCAAGACGACGAAGAUGACACGUGCGCCGUGUGCUUGGGAGAGUUCGAAGACGGUGAAGAGUUGAGGACGCUGCCGGAGUGUAUGCACUCUUUCCACGUCGCCUGCAUUGAUCCGUGGCUCUCUUCCCGCUCCAGUUGCCCCGUCUGCCGCGCUCAUGCAACGCCCUCGCCGGCGGUGGAGCACCCUGCGCCGGAGGUUGCUUCAGCUGCGUUCACUGCGCAUCACAUCAUAGAUAUAGAUAUCACGCAAAUCGUUCGCUUUCAAAAUGGCUCAGCGCCACGCUGA